CAAAAUUGGACUCAAAUUGAGCAAAAGGUUUCAGAGGAAGAGGAGAGAGAAAGAGGGAGAGUGAAUAAAGGAAAAAGUUAGCCCGGGUGAUACUAGUUGUUAAAACAGCAGAAACUUCUUCCCACUUUCAAAUUACCCCCAGAAUAUGAGAGGAUUAGGGUUUCAGAAGGACUUGAAAUUUUCAUGGAAAUCCAUCUAUCCUAUGCUAAUUUCCUGUAUCUUUGUUAUCAUCUCCCAAUUAUCACUCACCCUAAUACCUCACUCCUUCAGUUCUUCCCCUCUUCUUCUUCAACUCUGCUUCUCAGUUGCUCUUCUCCUGAUUAUUACUGUUCUUUGUCGAAUUCCAAAGCGCCUUCUCAAAAUUUAUGCAUCAGCUCCAGCUUUCGUCUUCUUCAAUAUCUUCUUCAUGUGGAUCGUUCAUAACUUAGUGAUUCGAACAUCUGUUUCUCUAGUAACGACUAUUGUAUUAAAUGCUGAAUGUGCUUUACUCUUGUUUGGGUUUCAUAGUAUUCUUUACAGUGAUCCUGGUUGGGUUAUAAAUGAAGAUUCAACUUCAGACCAGCUACUCGAGACUGAAGUUAUUGGAACGGCGUAUUUGGAGGAAGAAGAGGUUUUAAGAACCGAGAACUCUUUCCCAACAAUGAGGGUAAGAUAUUGUAAGAGAUGUAAAGCAUACAUAAAGGGAUUCGACCAUCAUUGUCCAGCUUUUGGGAAUUGUAUAGGUCAAAACAAUCAUUUGUUGUUUAUGGUUCUUCUCGUUGGAUUUAUUACUCUCGAGGCUUCUUAUAUUGUUUGCUCAAACCAAUGUAUGGAAGAUAUUACUAAAUCGAAGGUCACAGGCAGACCCAUGUUGGAGAGCACUCUGUCUGGAAAGUUGGUUAUCAGCACAAUGCUUUUCUCACUUCUUCAAGUGCUAUGGAAGGUUAUAUUCUUUAUUUGGCAUAUUUACUGUGCUUGUGUCAACAUUAAAACUGAUGAGUGGAUUAACUGGAGGAAAUACCCGGAGUUCCAACUAUUUCAUCCCCAAGCUGUUACAUCCAGGGCAAUCCUAUCCGGAGAUAGGGUUCAUAAAUCCUUAUGAUAAGGGUGUUUUGGCUAACAUCAAGGAGAUUCUGUCACCGAGAACAUAAUCCAUAUAUUAAUCCAGCUGCUUUGCCAUCUGUCUUGGCAACGACAUGGUGAAGUUCCCAUAGAAAACCACAGCCGUCUCUCAAGUCAAUUGAGUUUCUCCUCCAUCCGGGUGGAUGAAGCAUGAAGGGAUAUACUGCUAGUGCAUGGAGCACCUUACAAGGAAAGUGGAAUUGGAUUUUUCUUUGCACAAACGCUAGGGAAAUCCGUGAUCUCUGGAAAAUACUGUAGAAAUCUGUGUAACAAAAACCUGGAAACGAAGGGAAGUGAUAUAGCCGCAAGCUGGAGUAUUGGUCCAAAUUCGAAAAGAAUAGGAACACAAAAUCUGAAAAUAAAGUGUGGCAAGUGGUGCUGCAGGAUUGCAAGACUGUUGGAGCAAAGUCAGGGAGAAGGAACAUUUCAGGGGCUUGAAUAGUGAUGUCAACACAAAAACAAGAGGUGUAAGUCGGAGUUAAAGCAGGACUUCUAGCAGCUUCCAGAUGGGCUCAAGAUCUGCAGCUGACCCGUUUGAUAUUUGAAAAUGGCAACAAGAAGGUUGCCGAUAUUUUGAAUGGUUCUUGUACUGCAGUUUUUUUGUUUUGAACCGUUGUUAUGUUAUUAAGUGAUGCAAUAGAUACCUCGUGGACAAUUUUAAUUGGAAGUGUGUAUAUUUCCUUGGGUACAUCCUGCUUUUCUGGUGGGGGUGCUGCAAAAGAAUGCAACUGUUUUGCUUAACGAAA